AUGAGUGCACAAGAAGUAUCAAAAAGUAAAAAAUAUGAACUUGUACCGCCAGAUGGAGGAUGGGGCUACGUUAUUGGCGUAGCCGUAACUAUUAUUUUGACUACAAUACACGCUUUCAUACCAAGCUUUGGGAUGAUAUACAACCAAUUAUAUCUUGAACUAAAAAUGAACUCUACGGAUAUCACCGUGAUGAACGGCAUAAGCGCUGUUACUAUGGCCAUUUCAGGAUUUAUGAUUAGUCCAAUUUUAAGGUUUUUGACGAUCCGGCAAUUGGGAUUAGUGUCGGUGAUUAUUCUCAAUUUGGGAUACAUUUUGACUGUUUUUGUAAGAUCAAAAAUUACAUUUAUCAUAUGUAUGGGAAUUUGUCAGAGCUUUGGUAAUGGAAUAAUAAUCAAUCUGUCGUUCACAGUGCUGAACAACUAUUUCGUUAAGAAAAGGCUCUUGGCUGUCAGUUUCACGCAAACUAUUGUGGGUGUAGUAACUUUAUUCGUACCUCAAUUCAUCAAGUGGGCGCUCGACACAUAUGGCCUAAGAGGAACUCUACUCCUUAUAGCCGGUGUAUCCAUGCAAAAUAUCAUCGGAAUGGUUUUAUUGCAACCGGUUGAGUGGCAUAUGAAGAGAAUUCAAGUACCUGAAAACGAAGAUAAUGAAAAAAAAUCUCUUUUGGCAAUAGAAAAGGAAAACAACAAAGAAGAUCUUACGUCAUCAUUUAAAACACCUCCAAAAAAUUUAACUGAAAGUGUAGACGAGAAACACAUUCUUGAAGAGCAGUUACAAAAGCAUAAUAAAGGCUUAAAGGGUUUUAUAGAAAAAUCUAUAGAUGUUCCAUUUUUGAGAAGUUAUCUUUUGUCAAACGCAUCUGUUGGACUUGCUUUAUGUAUAUUUGCUGAUCUUACAUUAACAAUAAUGCUUCCACAAGCCUUAUAUUCUAUAGGCUGGACCGAGAGUGAUGUAGCGUUUGCUCUCUCUCUCAAUGCUACUGGAGAUUUAGUGAUGCGAAUUCUUUUCAUACUCCUGCACAAGUGGCUCAAAGACAUAGGAAGCCAUGAGAUUUAUGUCGCUGGUUUGGCGAUUGCUUUCAUUUCCAGACUUGGAAUGUUCUGGUCUGUUAAUAUGACAUUGAUAUUAGUAUUUAUCACAACAUCAGGAAUGUCUAGAUGUUCAAUGCUAAUGUUGGUACCAAUGGUGGUGGCAGACGCUGUAGCAGAAGAAAAAUUCACCUCAGCUAUGGGCGUGUUUUUAGCAAUCUAUGGUUUAUUUACUAUGGUUUUGGGACCUAUUAUAGGCAAGUAU